AUGGACCUAAAAUCUGAAGAAAAUGACUUAGUAAAGUCUAUAGAAUCAAUUAUUAUAUUAGAAGAAAUUGACUGCACAAAAUUAGCAGAAAAAAUGCCGAAAGAUGAAGAUUUAUUAGAAAAGAAAAUUCAUAAAAUGGAACAUAUUCUUUGUAUUUUAAAAAAAAGUUGUCUUAAGGACGAAGAAUCUCAUAAUAAAGAUAAAGUGAUAAACAUAAUGAUGUUAUUAUGUAAAUUGAUGCGACCAUUAGAAGAAGAAAUACAAUAUGACGCCUUAGGUAAAUAA